AUGCCGUCAUCGACUAUCAAACACACACAGUGGGAUAACUCAGAGACGAAUGAUUUGUCACAGCCUCCGACAUCAGAUUCAAAUAAAGCGUUGGUGGAUCCAGAGACGAACGAUUCGUCACAGCUUGCAACAACAGAUUCGAAUACUGAAGCGAAUACGCAGCAAACAAAUGGGUCAAUCGAGACCUUUACCGCAACGUCCGGAUCAGAAGCGAGCAAAGGAUCGGACGAGAAUGUGGUGACAACGCUAAUUCCAGAUUUUAAUAACGGUGAUAGCACACAGUGGAAUAACCCAGAGACGAAUGAUUUCAUACAGCCUCCGACAUCAGAUUUAAAUAAACAGUGGGUGAAUCCAGAGACGAACGAUUCGUCACAGCUUGCAACAACAGAUUCGAAUUCGGAAGCGAAUACGCAGCAAACAAAUGGAUCAAUCGAGACCUUUACUGCAACGUCCGGAUCGGAAUCGAGUAAAGGAUCGGACGAGGAUGUGGUGACAACGCCAAUUCCGGAUGUCAAUAACGGUGAUAGCACACAGUGGAAUAACUCAGAGGCGGAUGAUUUGGCACAGCCUCCGACAUCUGAUCCAAAUAAAGCGUUGGUGAAUCCAGAGACGAACGAUUCGUCACAGCUUGCAACAUUAGAUUCGAAUUCUGAAGCGAAUACGCAGCAAACAAAUGGGUCGACUGACACCUUCACCGCAACGUCUGGAUCGGAACCGAAGGCAAACAGAAUGUGA